AUGCGAGUCGAGGCAUGUCCAAUUCUCAAGCACGAAGAGAAGCCCGACGUUGCAGAGCCGUUCUUCUCCCUGCGGCCUUUCGCGGCGGGGGCGGCCGAUGCGUCGCCCGUGACGGAGACAACCAACGACAGUCACACUAAAGACGAGCACGAGAGUGACAGAGUUAAUGAUGGUGCCCACGGGACUCCGGCCCCGCUGGAAAAACUCCCAACAAAGGAUCCUGGCUGGUCGAUGUCGCUUCUUGCGUUUCAUCAGCAACGCUACGAUUAUUUUCUUCAGGCGUAUUUUGGCUAUGGGGUGGAGCAGCGGGCCAAAUGCAUUCGCCAGGCGGCACAGAUGUGUAUGAUUGGUCUUGGAUUGCAGAAGAAGAGUCAACCGCGAAGCGGCGACAUGGUUCACGCCAUGCGACGUUUUCUCCGGCAUUCUGUGCUUGCGGUGGAGGGAGACGCUGUUUUUGUCAAGCUUGUGCCGAAGGCGAGGCUGCGGUGGUGCGACGAGGGGAAUGAUCACUUCGAUGACCCACGGCAGUGGCCCAAUGCUCGCUGUAUCGCUCUCCACUAUGGCCUACCCUCGCUGACCGCAACGUCCGGCGCGUGUGGCCCCGAUGCCAGCACGAAAACUUUGCUUGGCGUGAAGGCAGAGCAGGAGCUAGAGGAUCGAAAGUUCCCAGCGGCGACGCUAAUAGCGGUGGUGGCCACCACUCCUAUCGAGGAGGGUGAGGCUGUGCGUCUCUGUCUUCGCUCCUACCACCGUUGCCUGGACGAGGCGAUGUGGUACGAGCAACUCUUUGGACCUCGCCGCAAUGAAGGGAGUGCGGGGGCAUCCAGCGUGACCCGGGGGCAAAAGCGGUUUGACAUGUGGCCGGAGGGUUUGGCCUUUUUCCAUGGCGUGGGGGCACGCCACGCGGGGGCGGAUCCGGUGGCGGGCUUCCCAUUUACACUACUCGACCUCGCGGAGGCAAGAGAAAUAGGGGAGGGCCAGAAGGGCCUCUUCGCCGCACACCCUGUGCCGUACGCCACGUGCUUCCUGUACUGCGGCCCCGCCGUUGCCACCAAGGUCGUGGAGGAGGGGCGGGUGGGUGCCGCAGUGAAAAACAGCACCGACGCCGCGACUGCCACCAAUGCCCCUAACACCGCUAGUAAUUCUACUAAUUCCACUGACGCUAUGGCUGUCGUCUCCGCUUCCUCCGUUGCGGCCAGUAACCCCACAACGAGCGCCAGCUGUGACAAUGGGACUGUCAAUAAUGCCAGUAACAACAGCCUUGACGCCGAGGAUGAGCUGUGGAGUGGCAUACCAAUUCAUGACGCAACCUACGCGCUUGGAAUGGGACGGCACGGAAUUUGUUUUGGCCAAGGUCUUAUGCGAUACGCCAAUCAUCGCUAUAACAUUAGCAGGUUUGGGAAUGUGGAGCUUUGCUCUGUGAUCCUUUCGGUGACUAGCGAGUUUUCUGCAUUGGCGGCGGAGCUUGAGCGGCGGCGCAACCUUGCCUCACGGAAGCGACGGACGAAGUCGAGAAACGAGCUGAGACGCGUUCCAAACAAGUCAACUUCAAUUUUGAACGGAAAACGGGCUGACGAGGUGAUGAGUGCAAAGAAGCGGCGUUACCGCCCUCUCGUUGGGCGUCGCAUAUUUUUGGAAGAACACAGCCACUUUGUUACCAUUCCAUUCUUCAUUGCAACAACUGAUAUAGAGGAAGGUCAGCAACUGCUGGCGUGGACCUACGGUGAAGAGUAUGACGCCCGUCUUGAGCGGCAAGUUGUGUGCGAUGGGCACCUUGUGCCCUAUGCCGAUGCAACUGUGCUCGAUACACGGGUUCCUGUGGGCCGUUGGCAGUGUUAUAAGGGGGACUACCGUCACGGUAUGGGUGUCAGUGACAUUGUUUGGUGCCGCCAGCCCUCACUGAGUGGGUUUCGAGACCCAGUGGAUGACUUGUUUGUCGUUCUGGAUAUGCCAUCGCACGGCAUGGGUUAUCUGCUGCUGCGUCCCCUCACCCGUGGUCGCAUCGCCCAAUUUCAGGCGCUCCUUGAGCCCCACCACGAGUCGCUGGAUGAACUGAUUCUUUUGGAUGUCUGUGAGUCCAAGGCGCUGGAGCGAUGCAUCAUCGCCCACAUUGAUACGGUGGCCCUGCUCCUUGUCGACAUAGACUAUUGGACGCUGAAAGGUGUCAAACGGACCCCCGCAGCCUCUCCGCUUGCGUGGAACAGUUGUGGCUGUGGUGGAGGGUCUUCGUGUUUGCUUCGUCAAGUCGUCGUGAAUGCUGCGGCUCUCCGGGCUACGACGAGGCUAGUCCUCGAAAGCGAACAUGUUCGCAUGACGACGGCCAACACGAGGGUUCUCACUGGAUCUGUGUGGCCCUUUCUGCAGGGGCGUGACGCUGCUGCGGGCCCUUGCAGCCGAAACGGCGCGGCUAGGGGCAGCAAGAGUGGUCCGGCUACGACGAAGGAGGCUUCCUGUCCUUUGUAA